AUGAACGUUCAUCAACGAAAAAUUCUCUCUUCCGGUGCACUCAUAUUGGCAGUGGUAUACUCCCUUCUCGUCAUUGUCGGGAUGAUGACCUUCGGAGUGGAGGCUCAAAAAACCUAUUCCAUCACUUCCUACAGUUCUCAAGUGAGUGUUGGAACAGCCUCUUCGUGCUAUGUCAAUGUGGUUGAAACGGUGGAAUAUGCUUUUACUGGAUCCUAUUCCACAGUGGCUCGUGCUGUACCAUACACAAUUGCUCUUGAUAUUCCAUCAUCUUCUGUGAAAGUAGAUGUAUUGACACCUGGAUACUCUGUGUCGUAUACGACCGUAACUUCUGAAGCAAAUGCCUAUUACAUUACUUCCACUCUCUAUCCAUCCACACCAUCUGGAGCGACAACAACCAUCAAAAUUCGCAGAUCUUAUACUGUGAAGGGGCCAAUCACAAAGAAUGGCAAUAACAAUGUGGUGACCUACUACUACAAAGAAGCAAGUGAUGUUACCAAUUUGAGCGUUUCAUUUGUCUUUGACAGCUCACUCAACUUGAAUUCCAAUGAUUUGACAGCAUCAAGUGGAGGUGUUGUCUCUGGAACCACUGUAACCUAUUACAAAUCAUCUUUAAUUUCCAACGGUGAAUUUAUUCCUUAUGUAUCAUUCCCUGUUCGUUCUCAAUUUGAUUCAUGUGCAUCAUCUCCUGGAAUAGGCAUUGGAACAAUUAUUGGAAUUAUUUUCGCUGUCAUUGUAUUUGUAAUUUGUGCAAUUGUUUGCAGUAUUAUUGGCUUCUUCAGACGUGUAUUCUACCGUCCAAGCUACGGAUUUGGAUAUUAUGGAUUUGGUCCAACUUAUUAUCAAGCUGAUCCUGGUUUCCAUCAUCACCACCACCAUCACCAAUCUGGAGGUCAUCACCAUGGUGGAAUUACCGGAACUUCAGGUUUUGCUCAUUAA